AUGCUGCAGGUGAAGAAGGUGGCAGGUACCAGGCAUUUUGUGCCCCAUUGGGAUGAUGGUGGUAGUGGCUUUAUGGCCUACGUCACAGGCCUCUUGCUGCUCUGCUGGCUGCAGCUCAAGGCCCCCGGCUUCAGCCCCCACGUCCUCAGCAGCUCCACCCAUCAGGGCCGGCCUAACCCCUCACCCAAAGCAGCCAUCCCUGCAAUUCUGUGCAUGGCCACCGGUGCUGGUACCAGGUGCCCGGUCCCGGGAGCCGUGACCAUGGAGGCUCUCCCCAAGGACCCGGAGGUCAACGAGAAGUCUCCAGAAUCCAAGGACCUGCUGCCCAGCCAGACCACCAGCUCCCUGUGCAUCAGCUGCAGAAGUGAGUCUGUGUGGACCACCACCCCCCGGAGUAACUGGGAAAUCUACCGCAAGCCCAUCGUCAUCAUGUCUGUGGGCGGUGCAAUCCUCCUAUUCGGUGUGGUCAUCACCUGCUUGGCCUACACUCUGAACCUGGGUGACAAGAGCCUCAAGGUCCUCAAGAUGAUAGGGCCCGCCUUCCUGUCUCUGGGACUCAUGAUGCUGGUAUGCGGGCUGGUGUGGGUGCCCAUCAUCAAAAAGAAACAGAAGCAGAGACAGAAGUCAGUUUUCUUCCAGAGCCUCAAGUCCUUCUUCCUGAAUCGCUGA